UUCACUAAAGUUUUGAAAAUAAGAAAAGUCGACGAUCGAUCUAUUUUGAAUUUGGACAGUAAACAGUGUAAAUAUCUUUGGUGUCGACCUAUUUUGAAUAAGAAAACUCGAUCGACCUAUUUUUGUGUUUCAAAAAAAAAAAAAAAUUUGGUCUCGAAGUCCCUUAUCUCACACAUGUCUUGUAAGUCGAAAUUUAGGCUACAACAACAUUUGUUCACUAUUAUAAACCACACGUUAUAAAUCUGUUUUUUUUUUUUCUCUCAGAACAAUAACAUACAAAAGCUUGCUCCUGUGCUACGUUUUGUUCCUUUCUGACAUAAUAUGUCACCGCAAGGAAAAAUAUAAAAGAAUGUUAAAGCUCGUGCGAAUAGUGGGAACGCACCAACACGCAACCUCUUUGGGGAAUCCAUCAACAACCAAACACGUUGAAUUAAAGUCAAUCUAUUGUCUUGCCAUUUGGCUUGACGUCGGUUUCGGAAAGCCACGUACGUAGUGUGCAUAGCUUCAUGCCCAAUCAAUCACACUGUAUCAUCGUCAUUACUUGCACAUUAUUGUCGUCAUUAUCAUUUUACUUUUUCUAACCAAUAUUGUGGCUGAUACUAUAUCUAUUCUAUUUCUACGUUAGUCUCCAGCACAUAAAAUACAGUCCACAGAUAAAUAAUCAGAACGAUUAGUAUAUUCUUGGCCACUCUUUGAUUAACCGUUAAACUAUCACUUUCGGAAAAGCAUCUAGUCAUUACUUUGAUGUUUUCUUUUCGUAUAUACGUUAACUAGAUAUCUAAGUUUUCCAACUUAAAAAAUAUAUCCAACUUAAUUUAAUUUGUAUGUUUUUUCUAACUUAGAAUUUAAUUAUGUUACUGGGAGUCAAAAGAAUUAUGAUAUGUUGAAAAUUAUAUUCUAAGGCUUGAAAAUGGUCUAGUCUAUUAUGUUCUACGGUCAACAGCAAGUGGAUAUUUUUUAAAAAAUAUUUCUGCUGAACCUAAGAUAAAGUAUUUAUAUGGGAAAUUACGUUUUAUAGCUAUAAUACAAAAUUCAACUAAGGAUAUGGAAAAGCAGCUCCUAUCCUAGCCACUUUAUACUCUCUUUCAACAAAAAAAAAUACUUCAUCCGCUUUUUAAAAAAUAGAAAAUUCUAAUUAUCGAUAUAUUUUUUGUAAUUAAAUUUUUUCUACAAAAUUUAACUAAUAAAAGUUUAAUAAACACAAUUAUAAUUUUUAAAGUUUACAAUUUAUCAUUAGUUAUGCAUUGAAAAUAUUAUAUAUUUACAAGAUUUUUUCUUCAAAUACGAAUUUUUUCGUAACGGAGUGGGAGACUUUGAUGGUAAUCUAUGCAUUUUAUUUGUUUUAUGGUCAUAGAUAGAAAUUUAGUAGUAUAAAAAAGAAACAAAAAUUGAAGAAUCAGUUUUAAUUUAUGAAAACUACAAAAUAAUUAAUCAAUGAAGAUUCUUAUUUUGUUUUGCAUUUUUCCCUUCCCCUCAAACUGAAGUUUUCCAAUUUCCAUUGAUAAAAGUAUCUAGAUAUUCUUAUUUGUAUUCAGCUAAAGUAAAGUUUAAAGAACAAAACAACAGGUUUUAAUUAAGUUUGGUGGUUUUAAAACAACACGUGUCAUAAAAACAUUGGUUAACAUAAAAAGAAAGUCUCACGUGUAACGCCCAAAGCUAAAAGCUUUCUAAAAAUCUCUCCACCAUUUACCGAACAAAGCGCGCCUCUCCCUUCCUUCCUUCAACCUCUUUGCACUCUCUCUCUCUCUAGACAAAACUAAACCUAUCUUUCUUCUGUCUCGACGAAGCUCUGUUCUGUUUCUUCGUAUUUAAUUUUCUUUUCUGAUUUUAAAUUUUUUUUCGUAGCGACGCAACGGUUAAUGUCUUCCCUUUAUGGCUUCUCUCAUCUGUAGAUGAUUAGAAUACUCUUUCAAUGAUGAGAUUCGUCUUCUUCUUCAUCGUCCUCUACGUGUUAACCGCAAAUCCGAAACUAAUCGCGUCGUGGGAUGAGUCUCCGAUUAGAUUCUACAAUCCUCCCACACCUUCUCCGGCGCCAUCGCCGGAGCCUAACCCUGAAGAUGAGUCUUCACUUUCGUGCGUCGACGACCUACACGGCGUUGGCUCGUUGGACACCACGUGCAAACUCGUCGCCGAUUUGAAUCUCACGCGUGACCGUUACAUCUCCGGCAAAGGCAACCUCGACGUUCUGCCCGGCGUCAGAUUGGUUUGCAACGUCCCGGGAUGCUCGUUGACGGUCAACAUCUCCGGGAACUUCUCGCUGGCCGAGAACUCGACGGUCAUCGCCGGGAGUUUCCGCCUCGCGGCGGAGAACGCCGAUUUCGCGGUCGGCUCGGCGGUGGACACCACCGGGUUGGGCGGGGAGCCGCCGUCGGGGGCGAGCGGGACGCCGGAGGGAGUGGAGGGAGCCGGCGGAGGGUACGGUGGGAGAGGGGCUUGCUGCUUGUCCGAUACGACGGCGAAGCUUCCCGGGGAUGUGUGGGGUGGUGACGUGUACGGUUGGUCAUCUCUUGAGAAGCCGGAGGUUUAUGGUAGUAGAGGUGGGACCACGAGUAAUGAGGUUGACUACGGUGGAGGUGGCGGCGGGAUGGUGGCGAUGGAGGUGUUAGGGCGUGUGGGGCUAAACGGCAGCGUUUUGGCUGAUGGGGACAGUGGUGGAGUCAAAGGUGGUGGUGGGUCCGGCGGCAGCAUCUUCGUCAUGGCACAUAAAAUGGAAGGAAAUGGUCGGAUAAGUGCAUCUGGAGGCGAUGGUUAUGCUGGUGGAGGUGGUGGACGAGUAUCUGUCCAUAUAUACAGCCGCCACUCUCAGCCGAAAAUCUUUAUCCAUGGAGGUAGUAGUUUUGGUUGUCAAGAAAAUUCUGGAGCUUCUGGGACACUGUAUGAUGUUGUUUCAGAGAGCUUAACUAUAGACAACCAGAAUAAGACAACUUUUACAGACACUCUUCUCUUGGAGUUCCCUUACCAUCGCCUUUUCACCAAUUUGUAUAUCCAGAAUAUGGCCAAAGUUGCUGUUCCCUUGCGUUGGAGCCGUGUCCAGGUUCAAGGAUCAAUAAGUUUGUCAAAUGGUGGAGAGUUGAACUUUGGUCUUGCUCGUUAUGCUUCUUCAGAAUUUGAGUUAUUCGCAGAGGAAGUCUUGAUGAGCAAUUCUGCUAUCAAGGUGUUUGGGGCAUUGCGUAUGACAGUGAAGGUGUUCUUGAUGUUGAAGUCAAGAAUGUUUAUCGAUGGUGGUGGUGUGACAAUGCUGGGGACUUCAAUGCUUGAUAUUAGUAAUUUGUUAGUGCUCAAGGAGUCAUCAGUGAUACAAUCCAAUGGAAACCUCGGAGUACAUGGGCAGGGUCUGUUACAUCUAAGAGGCGCUGGAGAUACAAUUGAAGCACAACGUCUGAUUUUGUCUCUGUUUUAUAGCAUCAAGGUUGGAGCUGGAGCGGUCUUGCGUGGUCCUUUGCAGAAUACAUCAACUGGUGGCCUUACUCCAAAGCUUUACUGUCAACGUGAAGAUUGUCCUGUUGAGCUACUCCACCCGCCGGAGGAUUGCAAUGUCAAUGCAUCACUUCCAUUCACUCUUCAGAUCUGCCGAGUUGAGGAUAUUACUGUUGAAGGUCUCAUCAAAGGAUCUGUUAUACAUUUCCAUCUGGCAAGAACCGUCGUUGUCCGCUCUUCUGGAACAAUAACCGGAGAUGGGAUGGGCUGCAAAGGUGGAGUGGGGACAGGUAGGUUUCUGAGAAGCGGUAUUGGGAGUGGUGGUGGACAUGGCGGUAAAGGUGGAAGCGGGUGUUACAAUCAUACUUGCAUUGAAGGUGGUGAUUCUUAUGGAAAUGCAGAUCUACCUUGUGAACUUGGCAGUGGAAGUGGAGAUGAAGAGUCAUCAGAUUCAGUUGCUGGUGGUGGAAUCAUUGUGAUUGGUUCGCUUGAGCACCCACUUUCAAGCUUGUCACUUGAGGGAACGAUAACAACUGAUGGUGAGACUCCCAGGAAGACGCUUAAAACCAUAAGUAACACAAGUUUAGGACCUGGUGGUGGUUCAGGUGGAACAGUGCUUUUGUUCUUGCGCUCACUUGACAUAGCCAAGUCCGCUAUUCUCUCUAGUAUUGGGGGAAACGGUAGUCUAAAGGGAGGUGGUGGGGGAAGUGGUGGAAGGAUUCAUUUUCAUUGGUCAGACAUUCCAACUGGUGAUGUUUAUCAUCACAUUGCCAACGUAAAGGGAAGAGUUUAUGUAAGAGGAGGGUUGGGUGCAAGUGAAGAUAACGUUGGAGAGGCAGGAACUUUGACUGGUAAAGCUUGUCCAGAAGGCCUCUAUGGUCUAUACUGCGAGGAAUGUCCAGUUGGAACUUAUAAGAAUGUUACUGGAUCUGAUAAAGCUCUGUGUAGUCUUUGUCCGGCUAGAGAUCUUCCCCACCGUGCUGUAUACAUCACUGUUCGAGGUGGUGUUGCGGAAGCCCCUUGUCCAUACCAAUGCGUUUCUGAUAGAUAUCACAUGCCGCAUUGUUACACUACACUUGAAGAGUUAAUAUACACAUUUGGUGGACCUUGGUUGUUCGGCAUCCUUUUGGUAGUUUUGCUCCUUCUACUAGCACUUGUUUUCAGCGUUGCCCGGAUGAAAUUCAUAAGUGGCGAGGAGGUACACGGAGCUACCACAACUCAUCAUGGCUCUCAGAUUGAUCACUCAUUCCCAUUCCUUGAGUCUUUGAACGAGGUGAUGGAGACAAGUAGGGUGGAGGAAUCACAGGGACACAUGCAUAGGAUAUAUUUCUUAGGUCCUAAUACAUUUAGUGAACCUUGGCAUCUUUCUCAUACUCCCCCAGAUGAAAUAAAGGAGAUUGUGUACGAGGCUGCGUUUAAUGGAUUUGUUGAUGAGAUCAAUGCUAUAGCAGCAUACCAGUGGUGGGAGGGUGCGAUAUACAUCAUGCUUUCAGUUCUUGUCUAUCCGCUUGCGUGGUCGUGGCAGCAAUCACGUAGGAGGCUGAAGUUUCAGAAACUCCGUGACUUUGUUCGUUCAGAAUAUGACCAUUCUUGUCUACGCUCAUGUCGUUCAAGAGCAUUAUAUGAAGGGUUAAAGGUAGCUGCUACCCCUGACUUGAUGCUAGCUCAUCUAGAUUUUUUCCUUGGUGGCGACGAAAAGAGAAACGAUCUUCCUCCUCCUGUUCAUGAAAGAUUCCCAAUGCCUUUAGUUUUUGGUGGCGAUGGAAGUUACAUGGCUUAUUACUCACUCCAAAGUGAUGAUAUUCUGACCAGUCUUUUGAGCCAGUUGGUCCCACCUACCACUUGGUACCGCUUUGUAGCUGGACUUAACGCUCAGCUGCGCCUUGUUCAGCAAGGGAAAUUAAGGUCCACGUUUCGCUCGGUUAUGAGAUGGAUUGAGACUCACGGAAACCCUGCCUUGAAAAGAAACGGUGUACGUGUUGACCUAGCUAGGUUCCAGACCUCUCCUUCCUCGUCUUGCCAGUAUGGAAUCCUUGUUCAGGCCAUUGUAGAUGAAGUGCCAUCGCCAAGAGAUGUUAAUGAGACAGAACAGCAGCAUCCUUGGGGUGUACAAAUUGAUAACUCGUCUUUACAUUUCACACAAUCUCCAACUACCUCAAUCAAUCACUUCAGGCACCGAGACGGCGGAGAGAUCAUAGACAUUGGUAGCUUACAGUUUCUCAAAGAAGAGAAAGAUGUCCUCUCCCUACUCUCAUUCUUGAUUCAUAACACAAAACCUGUUGGCCAUCAGGAUCUGGUUGGUUUGGUUAUCUCGGUGCUACUCUUAGGAGAUCUAACUCUAAUGUUACUCACGCUGCUCCAACUCUACUCCAUAUCUAUCCUGGACGUUUUUCUCGCUUUGUUUAUUUUACCUCUCAGCAUCCUUUUCCCGUUCCCUGCUGGAGUCAGCGCUUUGUUUAGCCACGGACCAAGGCGUUCUGCUGGACGCACUCGUGUCUAUGCCUUGUGGAACAUCACAUCUCUGGUCAAUGUCGUUGUUGCGUUUGUGUGUGGAUAUAUUCACUAUCAUGGCUCAUCAGCUGGAAAAAAGAUUCCGUAUCUCGAGCCAUGGAACAUUAGCAUGGACGAGAACGAAUGGUGGAUAUUCCCGGGCGCUUUGUUCUUGUGCAAAGUGUUGCAAUCCCAACUAGUAAACUGGCACGUUGCGAAUCUUGAGAUACAAGAUUACUCCUUAUACAGUGAUGACUCCGAGCUGUUCUGGCAGUCGUAAGACUCGAUACUCAACCAUAAUUUAAUACAAAACACAGGUGAAGGGAGCUGGUUUUUUUUAUACAAAGGCGUCUUCUGGUGCAACAAGCUGAUUCAAAGAUUUUUCAGGUGAAUAUAGCUAACUCUUUAGGCAAGUAGUUAAAGGAAUGAAUAAUCCUGAAAGAUUGGGGGAACAAAAUGCAUAUGCUUGUAUUUGAUUCCCCCACGCCAAGAUCCAUCUUGUUUUUUCAGAUGAUUGGGACUGGGAUAUUUGUUUCGAUGUUUUAAAUGAUGUUACAAAGAUUAUUUUCUAGUGGCUUGGUGCUGUCUUGCUUGUCAUAUACAAUGUUGUGUUGAGUUCUGGACUUGAAAUGUUCAAGAGAUUACAAUUGACA